UGACGACAGCUCGAGAGCGUCACUAACAACCACCCGGAAGUCCCACAAUCGCUUCCGGUGCCGCUGUGCGCGCGGCGGGAAAUUAUUUCCCAGAGCCGGGAUUAAUGAAGCAGCGAGUGCUGCAGCUGCAGUCGUCGCCCCUGCCGCCACCGCCACCCGAAAGAAGCAGCCCAGACACUCCGGCUAGGAAGAUGGAACAUGGUGCUCGAAAGCAUAUCAUCCAGAUGACAGGAUUUAAGAUGGAAGAAAAGGAAGCUUUAGGCAAAUUGCUCUUAAAACUAGAUUGCAUUUUUAUUAAGAGUGAGAAAUACAAAGAUUGUACACAUCUUAUAGCUGAACGCCUGUGUAAGAGUGAAAAAUUUUUAGCAGCUUGUGCAGCAGGGAAGUGGGUACUAACUAAGGACUACGUAAUUCAUAGUGCCAAAAGUGGCAGAUGGCUUGAUGAAACAACUUAUGAAUGGGGAUAUAAAAUUGAAAAAGACUCCCAUUAUUCACCUCAAAUGCAAUCUGCACCUAAAAGAUGGCGUGAAGAAUUGAAACGCACUGGUGCUCCAGGAGCCUUCCACAGAUGGAAAGUUGUCCUGCUUGUUAGAUCUGAUAAACGAAGUGAUUCUCUUGUAAGAGUCUUGGAGGCUGGAAAGGCGAAUGUUAUUUUACCAAAAAGUUCACAAAGUGGGAUAACUCAUGUGAUUGCAAGUGAUGCAAGAAUCAAGGCUGAGAAAGAAAAAGAUAACUUUCAAGCUCCGUUUUAUCCAAUUCAGUAUCUAGGAGAUUUUCUUUUAGAAAAAGAAAUGCAAAAUCAUGAUGAAGAUAUUAAUAUUAGUUCUAUUUUGACUGAACAUCCAAAAAAAGAAAAAUUCAGAGAUUCAAGUAAAGAUUUGAAAUUUGUCAAAACAAGAAAUUCCAUGGGAAGGCACACAUCUGGAAAUCAGAAAGAAGUUAAAAAUUAUGAAGAUAUUCAGAGGAGUUAUAUUUUGAGAAAAAGGUGCAAAAAAGAAAAAGAACAAGAGGAAGAUUCUACGAAGGACGUCGAACGUGACAAAAUCAAAAGUACCUUAAGAAAGUACCUAUAUAGAGAUCAGAAAGAAGUGAAGAAUUCUGUAUUUGCUGAUUAUACCAAAAAAGUAAAAACCAAAGUUAUCAAGACUGAUGUGGAAAUUAUGGAAGUAAAAAAUGCCUUAAAGAAGCACAUAUAUAGAGCUCAGGCUGUCAGAUACAGUUGCAUUAUAGCAGAUAAACAACCACUAUACAAUGUGGAGGUUAAAAAUGCUGAAUUUCCCAGAGGUGUAUUAAAUUUAAUUGAAAGCCUUAUAGAAGGACAGUUUUUUAAAGAAGCAAUUGAGGAACUUUCCUCUUUGCAAGCACAUUAUAUUCCUCCUGUAUGCCUUCUUCAUGCUCUUCUAGAGAACAUUCUACAGGAUAACAUGGGUACGUUUUCUGGUCGAUACUUUCAUAUACUGUCAGCUCUUCUUCACCUACAUCCUCCUUGGAAGUCCCUAGCCAUGUCAAGAUAUUACUUAGAGUUGUUUCAGUGUCCAACUUGCAUGAAAGGAGCGUGGUCUCUGGUAGAAGUGCUUAUCAGGUCUUGUCUUUUCAAUGAAAAUUUUUGUCACCAAAUUUCCGAAAAUAUUAUUGGUUCUAAAGUGCUCCACCUGACACUGCUUAAAUUUUUCUUUAAUUUAGUUGAAAGUGAGGUUCGGCACCUGACUCAAAAGUUGUAUGACUGGUCAGAUUCUCAGAGUCUGAAAAUUACAGGAAAGGCAAUUCUUCUUGAACUCUUUUGGUCAGGAAGUGAGACCUCUGCACUUUUGACCAAACCAGUAAAUAUGCUUUUGGAGUGGACUAUAUAUUCUCACAAGGAAAAGUACAAAUCUAAUGAUGUCUUCAAACAUGAACUAGCUUACUUAUUGACUGGAAUUCUUGGAGCAGCAGUAGAUUAUUGGAUCUUCCUUGGUCUUAAGAUGGGUAGAAAUGUGAUGCGACAUAUGUCUGAUGACUUAGGAAGUUAUGUUUCCCUUUCAUGUGAUGACUUUUCUUCACAGGAAUUAGAAAUUUUUAUUUGUUCAUUUUCCUCCUCCUGGCUUCAAAUGUUUGUUGCAGAGGCAGUCUUUAAAAAGCUGUGUUUACAGAGCUCCAUCAGUAUUUCUUCUGAGCCACUUUCUCUUCAGAAAAUGGUAUAUUCCUAUUUGCCAGCACUGGGGAACACUGGUGUGCCUGGGGCUGGAAAGAUGCAAAUACCAAAGAAAAUCGGACAGCGGCCUUGCCUUGAAUCUCAGAGGGCCUUACUAAUGCUGAAUGGUGCAAAGCAGAAACGAGUUGAAGGACUGCCGCAGUUACCAGAGCUGAACCUUACUAAAUGUUCCUCAUCAUUAAAAAGAUUGAAAAAGAAGUCAGAAGGAGAAUUGUCGUGUUCCAAGGAGAAUUGCCCCUCUUUAGUUACAAAGAUGAACUUUCACAAGACUAAUCUAAAAGGAGAAACAGCCCUGCAUAGAGCUUGCAUAAAUAACCAAGUGGAGAAAUUGAUUCUUCUUCUUUCUUUACCAGGAAUAGACAUCAAUGUUAAAGACAAUGCUGGUUGGACGCCUUUGCAUGAAGCCUGUAACUAUGGCAACACAGUGUGUGUCCAAGAAAUUUUGCAACGUUGUCCAGAGGUAGAUCUGCUCACUCAAGUGGAUGGGGUGACUCCUUUGCAUGAUGCACUGUCAAACGGACAUGUAGAAAUUGGCAAGCUGCUGCUCCAGCAUGGGGGCCCAGUGCUUUUACAGCAGAGAAACUCUAUGGGGGAAUUGCCUUUGGAUUAUGUGGUGUCACCUCAAAUCAAGGAAGAACUAUUUGCUAUUACAAAAAUAGAAGAUACAGUGGAAAACUUCCAUGCACAAGUAGAAAAACAUUUUCACCACCAGCAACUUGAAUUUGGCUCAUUUUUACUUAGUAGGAUGCUGCUAAAUUUUUGUUCUAUUUUUGAUUUAUCUUCAGAGUUCCUCUUAGCUUUCAAAGGGUUAACUCAUCUAAGUGAACUGCUUAUGGCUUGUAAGAGUUAUAAGGAAACCACGAGUGCUCAUACUGACUGGUUAUUGGAUCUUUAUGCUAGAAAUAUAAAAACAUUACAGAAGCUCCCAAAUAUUCUUAAGGAACUGCCUGAGAAUGUGAAAGUAUGUCCUGGAGUGCACACUGAGGCCUUAUUGGUGACACUGGAAAUGUUAUGCCGGUCAGUCAUAGAGUUUUCAUGAGGAAGCCCGAAAAUGAGUUGGCUUCCUAAACCUGUCCGACUUGAUGUGUCAUUUAUUGUGGAAUUCAUAGCUUAUUAACAAACAUUAACUUUUUUUUUUUUUUAAAUUAUAGACAGUUUUGGAAGCCUUGCUAAAUUCUAAAAGCACUUAAAGAACUUCUGCAAAACUAUAGCAUGGGGCGUCUGACUUUCUCCAGUGUGUAAAACUUGAUUCAAGGUAAAAAAUGGUUUUGUUUGGUGGUAUGCACUGCUUUCAUUAAUCUUUAAUUUUCUCCAUUCUGAAAGUGAUAUUAUUUAUAUUGUACAUGUAACAUUUUUUAAUUUAAUUUUUUUUUCAAGUCAGAAUGUCCUCUGUUCUAAGUGUUCUUGGUUUUAGAAUCAUGGCAAGGAUAUUCAUGUAAAUGUGCGCCGAUAAACCCGUAAUUCCUAUUUCUCUUGUCUGUAAGCUGUUGGACUAAAUACUCAUUUUAGUUUGGUGUAUUUCUAAAAUAAAUGUUUCUAAAAUUUACAAUAAGUCAUGUCUUCUGGUUUUUAAAUGCAGUGCAUAUGCAAAAGUCUGACAAUAUAAUCUCUUGAUGUAUUUUAUUUUAGCAGUUUGUGUGCUAAGUGUAUUACUACUCCAGGUAACCAGGAUUCUGUAAGUGAAAACAUUCUACUGCUUAAUAAGUUUUAUUAAAUAUUAAGAUUAUAAGUGGCAACUGAGUAAUAGAUUUGAGAUUAUCUAAAAUUUUAAUGUGCAGUAUGGAUUUAUAGACUAGUAACAUUUCAAUUUGCAGUUUUUUCCUAAUAGCAGUUUAUAGUAAAACUAAAAGAAACGGUGUGGAUAAUAACCACUUUUGAAAUUGGAGUUGCUUUACUAGUGGGAAUAAGUUACAUUGUGAUACAGCUAGAAAAGAAACAUUAAAGCUUCCAUUUAGAUUUUAUGUAACUAAAGUGAUGAUCUCACAGCAAUUAAUCUGCUAAAGAAGCACACUUUAGUUUUAUCUUGGAAAUAGAUCUUUUAACAAAAUACAAAUGCUCAGUGUUUUAUUACUGGGUUUAUAAUCUAAAUUGAAAACUAUUACAUUAGCAUAUCAGCUCUGGAUAAAAAUCACAGCUGUUUUCUAUAUUUUAAGUCAGUAAUUUUUUCACACAUACUGUAAGAAUUAUUAGUUGUUGCUAGUUGGCCUUCAAAUUUGACAUUAUACAAAUUCCUUUUAAUAUUUAUUAGGUCCCCCAAAGUAUCAGAGAAAACACAAUGAAGGGAGUAAGUGCUUCCCCAGUUGAUGAAUAUAAGAAAUUUUCAUUCUUAGGAGUAGCCACUUUACUUGACUUGUAAAAGCAUUUGGGAUAUGUUUGUUUGGUAAGCUAAUACAAACUUAAAAACAUCGACUUUGACUUCAGACAGACAGUUUCAAAUCCUUGUUUAGUUUCUUAUUAGCUGAACUACAAGGAAAUGAGUUUUUCUUUGGUUUUCUUACCUGUCAAAUGGAAAUAACACCAGGUAUCUGUGCCAUGGAGAAGCCCUCAUGGUUCAGUGGUUAAGCACUCAGCUGCUAACUGAAAGGUUCAGGGUUCGAACCCACCAGCCAUUCUGUGGGAGAAAAGACCUGGCAAUCUGCUCCCAUAAAGAU